AUGGAGCGCAACUUGAGCGCCGGGCUUGGCAACGAGUCUUCUCGGGCAGCGGGGGGGAAUGGCGGGGAAAUGGCGGCGACCUGGGUUUUUGGCGCCAUCCUCUCCGUCAUGUGUGUGGCUGGCGUGACGGGCAACGUGUACACCUUGGCGCUGCUCUGGCGCUCGGGCCGCGGCGCCCGGGGCGCGCCUUUGUCCGGCUCCAUUGCCAGCCUGGCGCUGGCCGACUUGCUCUACCUGUGCUCCAUCCCGUUCAUCGUGGGCACGUCGGUGGCGCAGGACUGGUACUUCGGCGAAGUGGGCUGCCGCUUCCUGCUCAGCCUGGACCUGCUCACCAUGCACGCCAGCAUCUUCACCCUGACCGUCAUGUGCACCGAGCGCUACCUGGCCGUCACCCGGCCGCUGGCCGUGCGGUACCGGGCGCCGCGCUUCCGCAGGAUCACCGCCGGCGCCGUCUGGGGCAUUUCGCUGCUGCUGACCCUGCCCAUGAUGCUGAUGGUCACCCUGAGCCAGAGCGGCGACGGCAAGCAGAUCUGUGCCCCGACCUGGAGCCCCGACGCCUUUCGCCUCUACCUGACGGUGCUUUUCAGCACCAGCAUCCUGGCCCCCGGGCUGCUCAUUGGCUGCCUCUACGCCCGCCUGGCCGCCACUUACUUGGAGUCGCAGAAGAACCCGCCGCGCAAAACGGGGCCCAAGCGGUCUCCCCGCCAGAAAGUUCUCAUCCUGGUCUUCACCAUCGUGCUGGUCUUCUGGGCCUGCUUCUUGCCCUUCUGGAUCUGGCAGCUGGUGUCCCUCUACCACGGGCCCUUGGGGCUGCCGCUCCACAUCCAGAAGUAUAUCAACUACCUGGUCACCUGCCUGACCUACAGCAAUAGUUGCAUCAAUCCCUUUCUUUAUAUCUUGCUGACCAGGAACUACCGAGAGUAUCUCCGUAACCAGCAUAGGAAGUUCUACCGCUUCACCUCUUCCUUUCGGAAGAAGGGCUCCAACUUGCACUGUUCUUGGAAACGGUCGUCCUGUUCCGGCACCCAGUCUGAGUCUGGGACAGAAGGCCUGGGGAUGGCUGUACUAAAGGACUGCAAAUGAACUUCCUCCCCCUCUUGCUUGUUGGGGAACCGUUUCCAAAGACCA